AUGGUGGUCUUUUCGAGCCUAGGAGGCAUCGCCGCCCUUCCUCUAUUUCUUUCCUUGGUUCAACAAGCAUGCAGUCUUUCUUUGGUCGUGAACAAGGCGGGGGGUAAUGCUUCUAGCCCACUCCUAUACGGCUUCAUGUUCGAGGACAUCAAUCACUCCGGAGAUGGAGGUAUUCAUGGCCAGAUGUUGCAGAACCCUGGCCCGCAAGGGUCAUCGCCGAGCACCAGUGCAUGGACUGCUGUCGGCAAAGGCACGAUUGCUGUCGACAGUGAGAACCCACUGAGUUCGGCAAUCCCUCACUCGUUCAGGCUAGAUGUCGCGUCGGGCGCCACUGGGGCUGUCGGCUUUACCAACGACGGAUACUGGGGCAUUCCUGUCGAUGGAAACGAGUUCGAGAGCUCUUUCUGGGUAAAGGGUGACUACUCAGGCAAGUUCACAGUUCGCCUCGUUGGAAACAGCACCGGCACAGUAUAUGGCUCCAAGACUUUCACGCACAAGUCCAACUCGAAGACCUUCACGCAAGCAUCUGUGAAGUUCCCAAGCAAAAAAGCUCCAGACGGUCAUGUUGUGUACGAGCUCACCGUGGAUGGCAAGGCUGCUGCGGGCUCCUCUUUAUAUUUCGGUUAUAUAACUCUUUAUGGGGAAACAUAUAAGUCGAGGGAGAAUGGAUUACGCCCCCAGAUUGCCAAUUAUAUGGCGGAUGUCAAGGGUUCCUUCCUGAGGUUUCCCGGAGGAAACAAUCUAGAAGGAAACAGUGCGGAUAAUAGAUGGAAGUGGAAUGAAACGAUAGGCCCAUUGGAAGACCGUCCAGGACGCGAAGGUACUUGGAAUUAUUGGAAUACCGACGCCUUAGGGCUAGCAGAAUACUUCUACUGGUGUGAAGACCUGGGCCUCACGCCAGUUCUAGGCGUGUGGGCUGGAUUCGCUUUGGACUCUGGUGGUGGCACCCCUUUGACGGGCGACGCUUUGACUCCCUAUGUAGACGAUGUUCUUGAUGAACUUGAGUUUAUCCUAGGUGAUAAGAGCACCACUUAUGGCGCCCUCCGUGCUUCCCACGGUCAAGAGGAACCAUGGAGCCUCACAAUGGUCGAGAUCGGCAAUGAAGACAAUUUGGGUGGAGGAUGUGCCUCAUAUCCAGAGCGCUUCACAGCAUUCUAUGACGCCAUCCAUGCCAAAUACCCGGACCUGACGCUCAUCUCCAGCACGGCCGACUCGGGUUGCUUGCCGGAUGAAAUGCCUGAGGGCACCUGGGUGGAUUACCACAAUUAUAACACCCCUGACAACCUUGUAGCCCAGUUCGGUCAGUUCGACAACAUCAACCGUACUGUGGGCUACUUUAUUGGCGAAUACUCGCGUUGGGAAAUCACAUGGCCCAACAUGAAAAGCUCGGUUGCAGAGGCCGUCUACAUGAUUGGCUUCGAGAGAAACAGUGAUCUGGUCAAGAUGGCAGCAUAUGCUCCAGUGUUACAGCUGGUUAAUUCCACCCAGUGGACGCCGGAUCUCAUUCCAUUCACCCAGGACCCUGACAUGGCCUGGGGAAGUACGAGCUAUUAUGUUCAGAAGCUGUUCUCCGAGAACCGCGGAAGCACCAUCAAGGAGGUGACCUCUGAUUCUGGCUUCGGUCCCGUGUACUGGGUGGCUUCAAACUCGGGCGAUACAUACUAUGUCAAGCUGGCCAACUAUGGCGAGAAAUCCGAGAGCGUGCGCGUAACGGUACCGGGAGCGAAGGCUGGAACACUUAGUCUUGUCUCAGACAGUGAUCCCAAUGCCGCGAACACCGAUCUGGAGCAAAAUCUGGUGGUUCCCUCCGAAAAUAAAGUGAAGUCCAGCAAUGGCACCUUCACAUUCACGAUGCCCGCAUGGGGUGUGGGCGUCCUUGCCGUCCAUUGA